AUGCAGCUAGAGAGAAACAGCACCAUCUCUGGUUUAAACUCUAAGUACAGGCCAAAUUAUUUCACCUACGAUGUUCAGCGAGACGUGUACAAUGAGGAGAACUUUCAACAGGAACACAGAAGGAAGUUACCUUUUUCUGGGAACGGAAACACCGAAGUCACCCACUCCAGACACCAUAUCCAGUGCCGCUGCUCAUGGUACAAGUUCCUAAGAUGCAUGUUUACAAUCUUUCCCUUCCUAGAAUGGAUGUGUAUGUAUCGAUUCAGGGAUUGGCUUCUAGGAGACUUACUUGCUGGUAUAAAUGUUGGCCUUGUGCAACUUUCCCAAGGCUUGAUGCUUAGUUUGCUAGCAAGGCAACUAAUUCCUCCUCUCAACAUUGCGUAUGCAGCUUUCUGUUCUUCAAUAAUUUAUGCAAUUUUUGGAUCAUGUCAUCAAAUGUCCAUUGGUCCCUACUUCCUUGUGAGUGCGCUGCUGAUCAAUGUUCUGCAAGUGAAACCAUUCAAUGGCGGUCAUCUGGUCAUGGGAGCAUUCGUCAAGUAUAACGCUUCUGACCCCUCCUACUAUAGUAAAUAUAGUAACUCCCUGGGCGUAGUGGCAGCCACCACUUUUCUGACUGGGAUUAUUCAGCUAUCAAUGAGUAUAUUGGGUUUUGGCUUCUUUGCCACUUACCUUACGGAUGCUACGGUCAGUGCGUACCUGGCUGCUGUGGCACUGCACAUCAUGCUGUCCCAGGUGACCUGCAUCUUCGGGAUUAUGAUCAGUUUCCACGCUGGUCCCAUCGCCUUCUUCUUUGACAUAAUUAAUUACUGCAUAGCUCUUCCAAAAGCUAAUUCCACCAGCAUUCUACUAUUUCUAACCACUGCUGUUGCUAUGAGAACCAACAAAUGUGUCCGAAUUUUCUUCAGACAGUAUCCCAUCGAGUUUCCCAUAGAAUUAUUUCUGAUCCUUGGCUUUUCUGCAGUUGAAAACAAGAUGAACAUGACCACAGAAAACAGCGAGAUGCUUGUUGACAUGAUUCCUUAUAGCUUCCUGUUUCCUGAAAUCCCAGAUUUCAGCAUUCUUCGAAGCAUCAUUUUACAAGCCAUAUCCUUAUCUUUUGUGAGCGCCUUUCUGCUUAUGUUUCUGAGCAGGAAGACUGCCAGUUUUCAUAACUACAGAAUUAAUUCCAACCAGGAUUUAGUAGCCAUUGGCAUUUGCAAUGUUGUCAGCUCAUUUUUUAGAUCUUGUGUGUUUACCGGUGAUGCUGCCAGGACUAUUAUACAGGAUAAAUCUGGAGGAAGACAACAGUUUGCAUCUUUGGUAGGUGCAAGUGUGAUGCUCUUCCUGAUGGUGAAGGUGGGACACUUUUUCUACAAACUGCCAAAUGCUGUGCUGGCUGCUAUUAUUCUGAUCAACGUCCUUCCCUACCUUAAAACCGUUUCCAACCUACCCAUUAUGUGGAGGCAGGACAAGUAUGACUGUGUUAUUUGGAUGGUGACAUUCUUCUCAGCGAUUUUCCUGGGACUGGACCUUGGACUACUUGUUUCAUUAAUUUUUUCUUUCUUCAUCAUCACCGUUCGUUCACAUAGAAUUGAGUUUAUUCUCCUGGGUCAAAUCCCUAACACCAACAUUUAUAGAAGCAUCAAUGACUGUCAAGAGGUUAUGAGCAUUCCUGGAGUGAAAAUCUUCCAGUGCUGCAACGCUAUUACAUUUAUAAAUGUUUACCGCCUAAAACACAAGCUGUUAAAAGAGGUUAAUAUGAUAAGAGUUAGAGAAGAAGUAAUUUCCAAACCAUUUAAUCAAGGUGAUAUCAGCCCACAGGAAGAAAAGAUUUGUGGUUGUUACUGCGACUGUGAUGACCUGGAGCCACUGCCCAGGAUUGUUUUCACAGAACGAUUUGAAAAUAAACUGAAUCCCAGCGCAUCUUCCAUUGACCUGAUCCACUGCUCAGGUUACAAGAGUGUGAACUCGUCCCUGACGAUAUCCAGUGACCAAGCGCCACAUGCAGUGUCUUCCACAUCUCAAAAAAUGCAAAAGACCAGCAAUGAGGAGAUGGAGCAAGUUUGGGUGCCUAACAACACUUAUGAAAGUCAGGGGAGGAUUCAACCACUGGUCCCUUCCUCAUCCGUGUCUCUACAGCCCAGUACCCACACCAUCAUCCUGGAUUUCUCCAUGGUACAUUACGUGGAUCCACAAGGUUUAGAAGCACUGAGACAGAUGUGCAUUGCUUUUCAAAACGCCAACAUUUUGGUGCUCAUCACAGAGUGUAACUCUUCUGUGAUCAGGACAUUUGAGAGGAAUGAUUUCUUUGGCACUGGCAUCACCAAGUCCCAUCUGUUCCUCAGCAUUCAUGACGCCGUGCUGUUUGCCUGGUCAAAAAAGUUUCGAGACUCCUCCGAGUUAAGCCUGGAUGAAUCUGAGACAGUGAUACAGGAAUCCUACUCAGAAGCAGACAAGAAUGACAACUCAAUACAAAAAAUGAGCAGUAGCUUUCUAGAAAGCCCAAAAAAGCCCAGUGUAAGCUUCAGUAAGAUCCAGGAGCCAACAGAAGAGAAGGAGUCAGAGCUAAAUUUGAACCUGGAGCAAAUGCUGGAGUCAGAACAAGAAAGUGGGCUGGAUCUGGACCUACUCCUGGACCUGGGGCUGAAGCCUGAAACAAAGCCAGAGACCAAGACAGAGACCAAGAUGGAAAUGGAGCCCGCGUCUCAACCCAGGUCAAUGGCUCUUAGUGCUUCUCCGCGGCAUUACUGGCCUGUGUAUAUGCCUUCAACUCCCACCACUCAGCCUCAGGGUCAGCCUCAGACACGAUCAGUGGAGGAGAGACGACGUCACAUGGAUUCAUACUUAUCCGAAGGCAACUACUAUGAGAAUUCCUGGGAAGCAAAGGAGAAAUAA